AUGAGUUUCCUGACUAUCAUCUUCUUCUUAUCUUUAUUAAUUAGCUCUAUCUAUUGCGAUCGCUAUAGAUCAUCUGAAUCAAAAUCGUCGUCAUCUUCGGAAUCUUCGGGAUUUAAAGAAUCCAUUUCAACGCCACCUGUUUUUCCCGUGGACGACUUCCCAGUUCCGGAACAAAUAUUACAGUCUGUCACCGAUGAUAAACCUUAUAAAACCGCAAAAACAAAAUUGUCAUUAUUGUGA